UCAUGGGGCGGGGCGGGGGCACCGGAGGCGGGGCCGCGGUCCUCCCUCACAAGGGCUCGGGUCGCUCCCCUCCGACACGCCGACCCUGAUCGGGGCAGCCCGGCUAACCUUCGCAGCAGCGGCCUAGGGGCUGACAUUGCUGAGGGUGGGAAACCCUCACCACUCCUUUCCACCCUCUCUCUCAGCUCGGCCCAGCCUGCCCCAGGGAUGGAGUCCCUCCCCGACGCAGUCCUGAUCCGAAUCCUGGCUUCCAUACCUGCAGUGGAGCUGGUGCUGGUGUGCCGCCUGGUCUGCUGCCAGUGGAAGAACCUGGUUGAUGGAGCUGCACUUUGGAUCCUGAAGUGUCAGCAGGAAGGCCUCACCAGAGAAGAGUCAGAUGCAGAGAACUGGCAAAACUUCUACUUCCUGAGUAAGAAAAGGAAGAAUCUCAUCAAGAACCCAUGUGGUGAAGAAGACUUGGAGCACUGGGGAGAGGUAGAGAAUGGAGGUGAUGGCUGGAAAAUUGAAGAGCUCCCGGGGGACUUUGGAAAAGAAUUUCCUAGUGAAGAAGUCCAUAAAUACUUUGUUACAUCUUAUGAGUGGUGUCGAAAGGCUCAGGUCAUUGACCUUAGGGCUGAGGGCUACUGGGAAGAGCUGAUGGAUACAACCCAGCCUAAAAUCAUGGUAAGAGACUGGUACGCAGGACGCAGUGAUGCUGGCUGCCUCUAUGAGCUGUGUGUGAAGCUGCUCUCUGAGAAUGAGGAUGUGCUGGCUGAAUACAAAAGUGAGACUGUCACCAUCCCACAGGACAAUGAUGGCAGCUGGGCUGAGAUCUCCCACACCUUUUCCAGCUAUGGGCCUGGGGUCCGUUUUGUCCGCUUUGAGCACGGUGGCCAGGACACGCUGUUCUGGAAGGGCUGGUACGGUGUGCGUGUCACCAACAGCACUGUGACAGUGGAGCCGUAGCUGUGCUUAACCAGGAUCUGCAUGCUGGAGCUCACUUCCCUCAGGGCAUCCCCAUGCCUUUGGAUGGUUUCUGCAGGGUGCUGCUUCUGGCCAUAAAGCCUUUCUGCAUAGGAACGUGCGUGCAAGAUGCCAGGAGCCACCACCCAUCCCUCCUCAAGAGGACUAUGCAAAGAAUGUGAAUGGAUUUGUGAAUGCACCAAAGACUCAGCCUCAGCUCUUGCACUGAUGUUCUCCAUCAGAUCACCUAAAAGUCCUGCAGCCCUCCUCUCUUUAAUCUCUAGCACCCAGCCUGAGUCAGAUAUCUCUCCUGCCUGCUUCCCAGACUUGGGCAUUCCUUAACUUGAAGGGAUACUUUAAGCAUAUUUUCUGGAAGUUAGAGUGGGCAGAAAAGAAUAAAAAAACCCCACAGCCCCUGUGUCUCAAAACAGCAGGGAAGCCCAGGGCCCUGUCCCCAACUGUUUCCAUGACCUGUUGUGAGAACCUUUGCUUUUCCCGUUUAUAAAUGGGUAACAUUGUUUACCUCAGAGGGGGCUCUAGCUUGGCUGUCAAUGCUAUUAGUUUAAUUUUUAGUGCUAACUAAAAAUUACACUGUUCCCAGCAUCCAUUUAUCAAGGAAAGUGUUGGGAAGGGAAACCUGUCUGGUGUCCAGUCCUGGGCUUCAUUUGGCUCCCUCAGAUAGAUGGCGUCUGAGAGUAAUUGCUGGGGGUGAGAAAGAGGUGACAACAACUUAGGGAAAUGGGUUAAAAAAAAAAUUAGGGAUAGAGUCCAGGAGCAAAUGAAAACAAACUCAUUUACCUCUUCCUGGCCUCUGCAUGCUUCAUGAAACAAGCAUCCAGUGUGAGUCUGCUCCAGGAGCCAGAAAGCUGUUGGCCUCUCUCCACCUCUACUGACUGUGUCUGCAAGAAGUACGUAUCUGCCUCUGCCAUGUGCCCGCUGACAAGACGACACUUCAGUCUCCCACUUGUGCUUCUUGAUAACAGCCAGGGCUGUGAGCCCAUCCUGAACAGAGCGCUGAGCUUUCCUGAACCAAGACUGUCCCUGCUAGUUAUUCCACCCAGAAGAGCAUCCCCUAACAGAGCUGGUGUUGCCUAGAGAAAGUAUUUAUAUUUUUGUGUCCAUCUGUCUGUCUUCCCUCCCCUGGGCUGCCAUUUAAGUGCCCCCUUACACAUGCAGUGACUGUUAGUGCCUGCAGCCAAAGGAAAGAGCUUCCCACCUGGACACUGUGCAUGCUGCUUCCUCAGCCUUCCUGCACAGCUGCACCCGGGUGCCACACACACGCCAGAGUCCAGGCAAACAUAAUAAAGUGACACAACUGUGUGUGGAUUUUUUUCUUGCGUAUGGGGUAUUUGUCCCCUGUGCUGAAAUACUCUGACAUGUGGAGCAUGUCAGCCAGCUCUCUCCAAAAGCAGGAGUCACUGCACCGUGUGUAAUACCAUGGGUGUCCCUGGAAGAGGUACCUGCUCUGUUCCCCAGCACCCUGGACCCAUGGGAAGCACUUCAUGUGCAAUGGGUCUGCAGCGUAACAGCAAGCGAAGGUGCAUUUCAAGCAGUGGGAAUUAAUUCAAUUUACAGAGAAGGUACAGGAAGGCUUCUACAGAGUCCAGCCCUGCUGCACGCCCUCCAGGUCAUUUCUCACUAGCUCUACUGUGAGUUCAACCUCAGUUCUGACCCAGGAGGCACCAGAAUCAGUUCAGAAUUUAAUUGUUUCCCUUCGCUUACCCCUGCACACGCUGUCAUGCAGUGCUGCUUUACCCACCCUUAUUCUUUAGUGCAGCUGUUAGUUAAUAUUCAGCACUGCCAGCUCCCUGCCCCUCAGAAGAAACCAUCCCUCCAUUUGUCCCUAGGCAAUCAGUAUAGUAAGGGGAUCAAUAGUUCACACCUCAAUGCAAUUGUUAAACUCAUCCUCCCCUAAGUCACCAUCUUACAGUCAGGAUAAACCUCAGGAUUAAGCCCUCAGAUAUUGUGGCCCUUGUCCAUAGGAGGCAGGAGCGUGGUCCCCGCGUUGGGUUUCUCUGAACGCUCUCAGCCUCCCCAGCGGCUCUGCAGUUGCCUCGGGCCUUUUCUCCCGGCACUCCCUCUUUAUGUUAGCACCCCUCAUGUUCACACUGGCUGUCAGGGGCAGCCUGCAAAUCUUGUGCUGACCUUGCCACUCCCCUCCAA